AUGGUUGUGCCGGAGCCUGUUGGGGGACUUCUCAUGAAGGACUCCAUGGAUUGUUUAAAAAGCAUGGUCGGUAAAGUUGAUAUUAGGAUAGAUGAAGGUGGUAAUGUUGAUGCAGGAGAUGCACUUGUUGAGGAAGGUGAGAAUGUUGAUGCAGGAGAUAUACUCGUUGAGGAUGGUGGGAAUGUUGAUGCAGGAGAUGUAUUUGUUGAGGAAGGUGGGAAUGUGGAUGUAGGAGAUGUACUCAUUGAGGAAGGUGGGAAUGUUGAUGCAGGAGAUGUACUUGUUGAGGAAGGUGGAAAUGUUGAUGCAGGAGAUGUAGUUGUUGAUACUGAAGAUGAGGGGCUAGAAGAUAUACAAAUCAAAGCUCCAAGAAAAGAGGUGAGAAACAUGGCUGCUGAAAAUGAUAUCACGAUAGAUAAAGGUGGAUAUGUUGGCUCAGGAGAUGAUGUGAUGAUUGAGGAGGACGAGAGCCAAAUUUAUCAGAAACUAGAACAAAAUCUUCAAACGGAUAUUGAAGAUGAUGAUAUGGCGAGUCUAUGGAAGGAGAUGACAUUCACAUUAGAAUGUUCCAAGGAUGCUCUUGUAGAUCCUUUGUCUGAUGAACAAGUGAGCGAAGGGGAGGAUUGUGAUCAUUCUUUCGUCUUAAAGGAUGAUAUUGGAUAUGUUUGUCGCAUAUGUGGGGUCAUUGACAGAGGGAUUGAGACCAUAUUUGAGUUCCAGUACAAUAAGGUCAAAAAGAGUACCCGAACUUACAUGUCUGAUUCUCGGAAUGCUAAAGUCAGACGGUCAUCUAAGAUGGUUGGAUUUAAAUUUUCUGAAGAUGAUGUGACAAUAAGUGAAAUUUCUGCCCAUCCAAGGCAUACAAAGCAAAUGAAACCUCAUCAAGUGGAGGGUUUCAAUUUUCUUGUCAGGAACUUGGUGGGUGAUAAUCCUGGGGGAUGUAUCUUGGCCCAUGCUCCUGGAUCAGGGAAGACAUUUAUGAUAAUCAGUUUUGUGCAAAGUUUCCUGGGAAAGUAUCCACAUGCUAGACCACUAGUUGUGCUUCCUAAAGGAAUCUUGGCAACAUGGAAAAAUGAGUUCCAACGAUGGCAAGUAGAGGAUAUUCCACUGUAUGAUUUUUAUGCUGUCAAAGCAGAUAAUCGAUCUCAGCAACUGGAGGUGUUGAAACAGUGGGUAGAGCAUAAGAGUAUCCUUUUCUUAGGGUACAAGCAAUUCUCAACAAUUAUUUGUGACGAUGGAGCCAGCACCACCUCUGCUUCAUGUCAAGAGAUACUUCUUAAGGCUCCUUCAAUUCUUGUUCUGGACGAAGGGCACACUGCUAGAAAUGAGGACACUGAUGUGUUACAGUCUCUUGCAAAAGUAGAGACACCUAGAAAAGUUGUACUUUCAGGAACCCUUUAUCAAAAUCAUGUCAAAGAGGUGUUCAAUAUUUUGAAUCUUGUCCGACCAAAGUUUUUGGGGUUGGAAACGUCCCGAGCUGUUGUCAAGCGCAUAAUGAGUAGAGUAGAUAUACCGGGUGUGAAAAGGCAGUUCUAUGACUUGGUUGAACACACUUUACAGAAGGACAAAGAUUUUAGGAGGAAAGUGGCUGUCAUACAAGAUUUGCGUGAGAUGACCAGCAAGGUCCUUCACUAUUAUAAAGGGGACUUCCUUGAUGAGCUUCCUGGUCUUGUUGAUUUCACUGUAGUACUGAACCUCAGUUCCAAACAGAAGCAUGAAGCUGAGAAAUUAAAAAAGUUGGUGAGGACGUUUAAGAUAAGUUCUGUUGGUGGUGCUGUCUAUCUUCACCCAAAACUGAAUUCUGUCCCUGAGAAUCAUGCCCUAGCUGAUCAUAUUGUGGAUGAGAUGUUAGAGAACUUAGAUGUCAAAGAUGGAGUGAAGGCGAAAUUCUUUCUUAAUGUGCUUAAUCUGUGCGAGUCAGCUGGAGAGAAGCUGCUGGUUUUCAGUCAAUACCUCUUGCCCUUGAAAUUUCUAGAGAGAUUAGCAGUGAGGAUGAAGGGUUGGAGUCCUGGAAGAGAAAUCUUUGUGAUUUCAGGUGAAUCAAGUUCUCAACAUCGUGAAUGGUCCAUGGAGCAGUUCAACAAUUCUUCUGUUGCUAAAGUCUUCUUUGGCUCCAUCAAGGCAUGUGGGGAGGGUAUAUCUUUGGUUGGUGCAUCCCGCAUAAUAAUUCUCGAUGUUCAUCUUAAUCCGUCAGUGACUCGCCAAGCAAUAGGUCGUGCAUUUCGACCGGGGCAAACAAAGAGGGUGUUCACAUAUAGAUUGGUAGCUGCUGAUUCACCUGAAGAGGUAGAUCACAACACUUGCUUCAAGAAGGAAUUAAUUUCUAGGAUGUGGUUCGAAUGGAAUCAGCAUUGUGGUUAUCGAGAUUUUGAAGUUGAGACUGUCGACGUGAAAGAGUGCGGUGAUCUCUUCUUGGAAAGUCCACUGUUAGGUGAAGAUGUAAAGGUUCUGUACAGAAGGUAGUUCCUAGCAUCAUUCUAGUGCUGAGCAAUGGAGUUGGCUGAAGUAAGGUGGUUAUUCCUAUUUUUCAGGUAAAUCAUCAUGACAUAGGUAUAUAAGGUGCUUCAAUGUAUGUAUAUAGUCUGAGUCUUUCUGCUGGAUGACUUUGAAGCUUCAUAUUCUUCACGAAUGUUCAAGACUUGCAGCAGGCAGUGUUGGAAGUCAGUUUAUCAAUGUUGUUUUUUUGGAAAUUUUAGGCUUCUUUUUGUUAUACUUAUGCUUCUAGUUUCAUCCUGUGAGCUAGUAGAACUAGAAACCUUAGCCAAAUUUAUCCAAAUUGAAGGUUGGACAGGGGACAAAAUCAUUUACAAGAUAGAAAAGAUGUAAGUUGAUUCUCUUUA